AAUAAGCCCUUCUCUCUCGAGUCAUGGCCGCACCAGUAGUAAACAAAGAGUACCUCAAUGAAAUUGAGAAGGCUCGACGAGACCUGCGUGCUCUUAUCUACAGCAAGAACUGCGCCCCUCUCAUGCUUCGUUUAGCGUGGCAUGAUGCAGCAACAUACGACGCUAAACCAAAGAAUGGAGUAGCUGGAGGGCCUAAUGGCUCAAUCAGGAACGAGGAAGAGUUAAACCGUAGUGCAAAUUUUGGACUGAAUAUUGCGGUUAAUUUAUGUGAAGAAGUGAAGGCCAAACACCCCAAAAUUACAUAUGCUGACCUCUACCAGCUUGCUGGGGUUGUUGCAGUAGAGAUCACUGGAGGUCCAUCCAUUAACUUUGUUCCGGGCAGAAAGGACUCAACUCAAUCUCCAGCCGACGGGCGCGUUCCCGAUGCAAAACUUGGUGCAUCCCAUUUGAGGGAAGUUUUCUAUCGUAUGGGCCUGUCUGACAAGGACAUUGUGGUAUUGUCUGGAGGCCAUACACUGGGAAGGGCACAUCAGAACAGAUCUGGCUUUGAUGGCCCCUGGACAAAGGAGCCUGAAAAGUUUGAUAACUCAUAUUUUGUGGAACUGCUGAAAGGGGAAUCAGAGGGACUGUUGAAACUUCCCACAGACAAGGUUUUAGUGGAGGAUCCUGUGUUCCGUCGAUAUGUUGAGCUAUAUGCAAAGGAUAAUGAAGCAUUCUUCAGAGAUUAUGCAGUAUCACACAAGAAACUAUCAGAACUUGGCUUUACCUCACCUUCUCUGGGUCCGAAACUAGUAGUUACUCUUAGCAUUGCUGCUGCAAUAGUUGCAGCGCUAGUGUACGACAAAUGCCAAGGUUUCAUCCAAGACAUGAAGACCCUCAAUUAGAGUGGAAACUACAGUUAACUGGGAACCUGAGACAACUCAAUCACCAAUAUUUCCAAAAUAUCCCUCCUUUAAACCCUUAUGUUUUCUUUUAAAUUUUAUUGUUGUCCAGAUUUUAUGUAAAUUGUCAUGAAUAAAUAUGAUGGUGUGACAGUUGAUUUUAAACGAGCCAGAAC